AUUUGGCAAAAUUCGGCCUGUACAACAUCAGUAUAGGCAACCCGGAGACGUAACGAAUCCCACGAGGGCAGAAAAGUAAACGGAAAUUAGCGCAUUUCUACGCAAGAGCCACAAGGCGGACGAUUGCCAAUAGAUACGAGAUUUGAAUGCGUUGACCAUGGCAAUUUCAAAUCCGUCUGUCUUGCUGCUUCCUCUACUUGGAGCGAUUCUUGUUGCUCGUUUCAAGCCCGAAUGGGCGACGGUUUCGACUAUAUUAUCUACGACGCCUAGUUUACUCUAUGGCUUUUUCCGAGUCUUCAUCUAUCCUUUCUGGUUGAGUCCCCUUAGGAAUCUUCCCGAACCAACAGGCUCUCGCUUCCCGUGGUGUCACGCCAGCGAAAUAAGACGCUCUAAUAACGGAGCGCCUUAUCGCCGAUGGAUUAAUAGCGUACCUAACGACGGCCUGAUAAGAUUUCGUGUGCUUUUAAAUCAAGAGAGAUUACUGUUAACAUCACCGCAAGCUUUGCGAGAAGUCCUUGUUACCAAGACGUAUGAUUUUAUCAAACCUUCAGAACCUACGUAUCUCUUUCGCACCUUGCUUGGACAUGGGUUACUCUCUGCCGAAGGUGAAGAGCAUCAAAUACAACGAAAAUCUAUGAUGCCUGCGUUCACUUUCAGGCACAUCAAGGAUCUGUACCCUAUCUUCUGGUCCAAGGCGCGGGAGAGUGUUGAAGCAAUCGCGGCCUCGCAACAGUUUCAUUCGGGCAGUCAAACACCAAAAGCGCAAAGUGUAAGACUCUGGGCCGGCCGAACUGCUCUAGACAUAAUAGGGCUGGCUGGAACUGGCCAUGACUUCAAUGCACUUGAAGAUCCCAAUGGAGAAGCGGUCUUGGCCUACCAUGACUUGACUUCUGAAGAGGGGCCGCUGUUCUACUGGACUUCGAUAGGGCUUGAUCUGCCAGUUCGAUAUAUAUUAAAGCUUCCUACUCGUCAGUUCAACACCCUUCGCAGGGCUGCGGGCAAGAUAAACAGCCUAUCGUUUGGGCUUAUCGAAGAAAAGAAGAAGAGACUGAGUAAUGCAAAAGACCAGGCUCUUGAUAUCGCAUCUGUGGCUCUGGCAUCAGGGUCCUUCAGCGAGCAGGGUCUCGUGGAUCAAAUGAUGACCUUCCUUGCGGCAGGGCACGAAACGAGUGCGAGCACGAUGACAUGGGCGAUUUAUCUUCUUUGCAAGUAUCCCGACGUCCAGGAACGUCUAAGAUCUGAAAUCAGGGAACAACUACCUCCGAUUUCCGACCCAAACUCCACGGUCACCGCUUUACAGAUCGACAAACUUCCGUAUCUGAGUGCAGUCUGUAACGAAAUCAUGCGAUUCAUGCCCGCGGUGCCGAUGACUGCACGCGAUGCAGCUUGCGACACUUCUAUCUGCGGUCGGAAUGUUCCUAAAGGAACUAGAGUCAUAAUCUCCGCGUGGGCUAUCAAUGUUAGCAAAGAUCUGUGGGGAGAAGACGCUCUUGACUUCAACCCUGACCGCUGGCUUAGGGCUGGUCAGGCUAACACAGGAGGGGCCAUGAGCAACUUUGCGAACUUGACUUUCAUUCAUGGCCCUAGGAGCUGUAUAGGAAAAGAUUUCGCGAGGUCCGAGAUAUUGUGUUUGCUCGCGGCUUGGAUUGGCCAUUUUGAGGUCAUCUUUGAAAAUGGGGUGGAGUUGCCCACGGAUAUUGAGGGAUGGGUAACCGCAAAGCCCCGACACGGGAUGCCUGUGGUUUUCAAGGAAUUAGAAGGAUGGUGAUUCAGAUGUUCAAGUUUCUAGUAUAGUGAGUCGUCUUUACACAUUACGUCAUAGUGGACGAUACAGCAGCUAUGCUAUUGAGGCACCAAAAGUCUAGCAGUGCUCAUAUACUACUACGAGUUUGACUUUUAGUUUCCAAC